AUAGUUAUACGAAAAACUGAAACUGGAGACAAUCGAUGAUUUGGCAUCCGUAAAAAAUCCAAAGAAGCGCUGUAAAGGGCUAGCGAUUAUACUCGUCUUGGUUAUACUAGUAAUCACGUGCCUUUGCCUGGCAACCGUCAUCUAUACCCGGAUAUCGGAAGAAAAAGAGGAACACGCUAAAUACCAGGACACUCGUCGUUUUGAAUGUGACAUUAUGUUCCAUGACCCGGAUGAUGACGUUCCCAGACGGCAAGUUAAUUUGAAUGUUGAUAUUGAUAUUAAGAUUGAGAUUUCAAACGACACUAAGGCAACCAAAAAAGGGACGACGACAAGGAAACCCAUGAAAACGACCGAAACCCAAGAGAAAGAGAAGACUACGACUCAAAAUAGACACGAACCCACUACUCAGCAGCAUCGCGGCAAAACUACCACUAUCGACCCUGAGUACGAAACUACUUUGUUAAAAGAGUGGACGACGCCUAGAUAUCCUACUACUCGGCCUAUAAAUCCCAUCGCUAGCCCCACGACAGAUAAGCAAACGACAGAUGUAGUAAUUUCUACCAAGGAAAAUGUUAAAACCACGGCUUACAAACACACAACUACGGACCAUAACGAACAAACUACCAGCGGACCGGAAGCUACAACGCUCAAGGAACAACCUACUACGUUAUCUUUCUCGAGCCUGAAUCCUCACCUGCAUCACAUGAAAGAAGACAUCAUUGUGAACAUUGAGAACAACACAGAGGUUUUUAGCAUCCCUGCAACCGAUGGUCACGAGGCCAUCAUGAUGCUGCAUGAUUUUACAAAUAGAUAUACAGCUUAUCUACUUGUCGAACAGGAACUGUGCUUCGUGAAAGACAUUAAUCCCCUCUUGAUGAUUCCAUUUUUCCUUUUCCAAGUCUUGUUGAAUCCUCUAUAUCUCUUGCAAGAGUAUUUCGUUACUCGUGAUUCAUACAUCGCCAUUCCACCACCGUUAGAUUCACUGUCGACGUUCGGUGCAGAGAUAGAUAGUAUGUGCGGCAGUGUUCCAACAUUCUGGCUGGAGGAAAUGAAUGACGAAUACGAAACAGUGGACAUCACCGAACUACCGUGGUGGGACUGGGGUUACCCUGAGUGGUUUAACCGACGAAGGCGUUCAGUUAAAGGAAAACUAAAGAAAAUCCAGGUUUUCGACAGUGAUGAGAAAGUUCACGAUAUGAAGAUUUUGUUCAAGUCCCCUUCAAAUUAAGAGCUUGAUCCUGUCAGCAUACAUCGAGAUCACUCCUAAGCAUUACAAUAAUAUUAUUAAUUAUACCUGCUUCGAGUACAUCAUUUCAAUCACUUUCUUCAGUCAGAAACGAAACUUUACUUUCAAUUAGACUGUCUUAUGAAUGGAUCUCUUUAAAUAAUAAUCCGAAUGGAUGUACCAUAUUUGAAAAUUUGUGAUUGAUAAAACACACGGUUUUACACAUUUUAAGUAAAAGUAAAUCUACACUGUAUUUUAACAUAUUUUGUCAAUAUUUUAAGGUGAUACUAGAUUUAAACACACACAGUAAAUCUUAAUCUGAUUUGAUCAUAAUUUGAUUUUUAUAUUUAUCAAAAACUUUCAACUUUUCGCUUUGUACUUAACAUUCCCGAUUCUAUAUUAAAAGAAGUCUAAGUUUGCGACCCAAUUUGGCGCGUAACAGUAGAUCAAAUGCCGUAUAUUCGUGAAAUGAACAUGGAAACUGGCAAUUAUGGUCCGAGGGUAUGUUGGAGUGUCAUUCUUAUCUUUUGUCUUUUGGAAGUCGAAGAAUCUACCACCCUAAAAUCUUCAGAUUUAUUAUUUAUUUUAAUCUUUUACCUAAACGAUUCCGUAUUUGGUUUAAGGGGCUGCCUUAGGGAGAUUGGGCAAGCGCCCCUUUCACCACUCCCUUUACUCUGCAGCCAAACAAACUUUACAAACUGAAACUAAAGCUGAAUAAUACUAUAAAUAGUUAGGCUGACAUAGCUUGAUCAUUAUGUGCAACAUGUGCCUUAUAUGCUUAAGACGACUGUACAUUAGUUUUCGUAUUGCACUUUAGGAAUGUACAACUAUGCACAUAGUGUAAACUAAUAUUACGGUACAUUGCAUUAAAACUGUGACGGUAUAUAUGCUUGUGUUUAUUGCUAAACACACAUGACACAAAAUUAACACAAUUUUUUUGCACACGAAUAUUUCGUCCUGCCUUCAGAAUCUUCUCAAUUAACGUGAAUCAAAUUGUUGCCCUUUCAACAUUGGUUCACGUUGAAAACAUUCUGGGGCGGGGG